AACUUGACCACGAAGCGUGGUAUCAGUCAGCGUGUACAACCAGAUCAUUUGACUCACACUGUGUGCGCUGAGACAAUGUUUAUAUACACGAUCGGGCUCGUAGCGUUGUUGCUUUUCAUCGGCCUGCGCUACGUCUACUCAUAUUGGGACUGGCAUGGCCUUCCCAACAUUAAACCGGAGAUUCCUUUUGGAAACCUAAAAAUAGUGGCUGAAAAAAAGUGCUCAUUCGGUGUCGCUAUUAACAGCCUGUACAAUCGCUCGACCGAGCGUCUAGUGGGCGUGUAUUUGCUCUUUCGUCCAGCAAUCCUCGUACGCGAUGCCCACCUGGCGAAGCUGAUUAUGGUGAACGAUUUCCAGCACUUCCACGAUCGCGGUGUGUAUUGCAACGAACAGUCGGAUCCACUUUCGGCACAUAUCUUUGCACUGCCCGGUCAACGAUGGAAGAACUUGCGUGCGCGGCUAACGCCGACCUUCACCUCUGUUCAAUUGCGCAACAUGAUGCCUACGCUGCUGGACGUCGGCCGUAAGCUGCUUGAUCACAUGCACACACUUGAGAGCGAAACGAGUUUGGUGGAUAUGCGUGAUGUGUCUUCGCGAUUUGUGUUAGACAUUAUCUCGUCCGUAUUCUUCGGGCUUGAGUCGAAUUGUAUUCACGACACGAAAGACCCUUUCCUAACGACAUUGCAACGGGUGAACAGAGCCGGAAACUUUAUCGACAACAUACGCACGGCUGGCGUGUUUCUCUGUCCGAGUUUGCUGAAGCUAACGAGGCUUAGAUCGAUCCCACCGGAGCUGUACACGUUUGUCAUGGAUCUGAUCCGGUACCAGAUCAGCAAUCGUGAGAAAAACCAGAUCACCCGAAAAGACUUCAUUCAGUUGAUCAUUGAUCUGCGUCGUGAGGCCGGAAUCGACUCAAGUGAAGCGCUGACUGUCGAACAGUGUGCUGCUAAUGUGUUUCUUUUCUACGUUGCCGGUGCGGAAACAUCUACCGCAACCAUUUCGUUCACGCUUCACGAGCUGUCCCACAAUCCGGUGGUGAUGGCGAAGCUACAACGCGAGAUCGACGAGAUGAUGGAGCGCAACAAGGGCGUCAUCACGUACGACAACAUUAACGAACUGAAGUUUCUGGAUCUUUGUGUCAAGGAAACGCUGCGAAAGUACCCGGGACUGCCGAUUCUGAACCGAGUUUGCACAAUGGAUUAUCGCGUGCCGAACAGUGACACAGUUAUUCGUAAGGACACGCAGGUGAUCAUCCCUUUGCUAGGCUAUGGGAUGGACGAGAAGUACUUCCCGAACCCGGAGCUCUACUCGCCAGAGCGAUUCGAUGAGGCAGCACCAAAUUACGAUCCCGACGCGUACUAUCCGUUUGGUGCAGGGCCACGAAAUUGCAUUGGUCUGCGGCAGGGAGUGUUGGUGUCGAAAAUUGGAAUUUUGUUGAUGCUUUCGAAGUACAACUUCAUACCAACCGUUCCGGCAAAAAUUACGUUUGCCACGGCUACGAUUCCUCUCGCACCUGCCGAUGGACUGCCGAUGAGAGUGGUGUUGAGAAAGCAAAUCUGAGUGAAUAUGCAUCUGUGAUACGCAUAGUGGUUCAUUGAGAUGGCAAAAAAAAAUUUGAAGAAAAUUCUUCAACAAUGCAUACAGUUGAGUACGCUACUCACAACAUUCCCAAAUACAUCAUAUUAAUGUUCUUCUAUCAAAACGACACAAGCAGGGAAUGAUUUCAGAACCUAAAUAUGUGCUUUAUA